AUGUCUGGCACGGUGAACGAGCCCAUACACCGGCAGAUCAAAAGUCAUUUGCGUCACUUACUGACAACACGUCAGCAAGGUUCGGGCAGCCAUUCCCGAAGCCCCAAAAUCAAACUGGCACUAUGCCAGUCGUUCAAGUGGGUCGCUCAACCUCGUGAGGCCAGGACGUGCGCAGACAUCCGACUAUUGUUGACUGACGAUCAGGGGGGUUGGUUGGUGUCUGUACCUAAUGUCCACACAACAAGCCUAGUAUGCCGCGGAGACCAAAUCGCUGCCCGCACAUCUGAUUUUCCUCAAACGUAUAAUUAUGAUAGGUAG